GCGGCCGGGCCAUGCAGGGCCCGGAGCGGGCGCGGCGGGGCUGAGAGCGGCUCCGCAGCCGGGCCGCAUCGGGACGGGCGCCGCGCGGCGGGGCCGACGCCGGCCACAAUGCUCCUCGGGGCCUCUCUGCUGGGCCUGGUCCUGGUCUCCAGGCUGGUGCUGAAACUGCCCUGGACCCAGGUGGGCUGCUCCGUGCUGCUGCUGUACCUGGGCUCGGGCGGCUGGCGCUUCGUGCGGGUCUUCGUCAAGACCAUCCGGCGCGAUGUCUUCGGCGGCAUGGUGCUCCUGAAGGUGAAGGGCAAAGUGCGGCGCUACCUGCAGGACCAGUCCACGGUGCCCGUCCUCUUCGCCAACACCGUCCGGCGCCACCCUGACAAGACGGCCCUGAUCUUCGAGGGCACCGACACCCACUGGACCUUCCGCCAGCUGGAUGAGUACUCCAGCGGCGUGGCCAACUUCCUGCAGGCCCAGGGCCUGGCCUCGGGCGAUGUGGCCGCUCUCUUCAUGGAGAACCGCAACGAGUUUGUGGGCUUGUGGCUGGGCAUGGCCAAGCUGGGCGUGGAGGCGGCACUCAUCAACACCAACCUCCGGCGCGAUGCCCUGCGCCACUGCCUCACCACUUCCCGGGCGCGCGCCCUACUCUUCGGCAGCGAGAUGGCCCCAGCUGUCCUCGAGAUCCAGGACAGCCUGGACCCAGCGCUCGGCCUCUUCUGCUCGGGCUCCUGGGACCCCAGUGCCGUGCCCAGGAGCACACAGCACCUGGACCCCCUGCUGGAAGACGCCCCCAAGCACCAGCCCAGUCGCCCCAACAAGGGCUUCACAGAUAAGCUGUUCUACAUCUACACGUCGGGCACCACGGGGCUCCCCAAGGCCGCCAUCGUGGUGCACAGCAGGUAUUACCGCAUGGCCGCGCUGGUGUACUACGGCUUCCGCAUGCGGCCCGACGAUGUCGUCUAUGACUGCCUGCCCCUCUACCACUCGGCAGGGAACAUCGUGGGCAUCGGGCAGUGCCUGAUCCACGGCAUGACAGUGGUGAUCCGGAAGAAGUUCUCGGCCUCACGCUUCUGGGAUGACUGUGUCAAGUACAACUGCACCAUCGUGCAGUACAUUGGGGAGCUCUGCCGCUACCUCCUGAACCAGCCGCCGCGGGAGGCAGAGACACAGCACCGCGUGCGCAUGGCGCUGGGCAACGGCCUCCGCCAGUCCAUCUGGACCGACUUCGCCAGCCGCUUCCGCAUCCCCCAGGUGGCCGAGUUCUAUGGGGCCACCGAGUGCAACUGCAGCCUGGGCAACUUCGACAGCCAGGUGGGCGCCUGUGGCUUCAACAGCCGCAUCCUGUCCUUCGUGUACCCCAUCCGGCUGGUGCGUGUCAACGAGGACAGCAUGGAGCUGAUCCGAGGGCGCGACGGCGUCUGCAUUCCCUGCAAGCCAGGUGAGCCGGGCCAGCUAGUUGGCCGCAUCAUCCAGAAGGACCCCCUGCGGCGCUUCGACGGCUACCUCAACCAGGGCGCCAACAACAAGAAGAUCGCCAGAGACGUCUUCAAGAAGGGAGACCAGGCCUACCUCACGGGUGACGUGCUGGUGAUGGACGAGCUAGGCUACCUGUACUUCCGGGACCGCACCGGGGACACCUUCCGCUGGAAAGGCGAGAACGUGUCCACCACCGAGGUGGAGGGCACCCUCAGCCGCCUGCUGGACAUGGCCGACGUGGCGGUGUACGGCGUGGAGGUGCCAGGAACCGAGGGCCGGGCGGGCAUGGCUGCCGUGGCCAACCCCGCGGGCACCUGCGACCUGGAGCAGUUUGCACAGGGCCUGGAGAAGGAGCUGCCACUCUAUGCGCGCCCCAUCUUCCUGCGCUUCCUCCCCGAGCUGCACAAGACAGGGACCUACAAGCUGCAGAAGACGGAGCUGCGGAAGGAGGCCUUCAACCCGGCCGUGGUGAAAGACCCGCUCUUCUACUUGGACGCCCGGAGGGGCCGCUACGUGCCGCUGGACCAAGAGGCCUACGCCCGCAUCCAGGCCGGCGAGGAGAAGCUGUGAGGCCCGCGGCCACGCCACACCAAAGCAGGCAGGGCCGGCUCUCCCCCAACUGCCAGUGACUCACUGCCGCUUCUCCCCGCCCCCAGGGGGGGCUUUCUGUGAAAGCCAGUGGCCGAAGUGAUGUCUUGGGGACCCUCCUGGCAAGGCCCCCGGUGCACCCCAGGUGGAGACUGACUGGCCCCAGAGGCCGAGGCCUUGGGUCUGAGCAGGGGGGGCGGCGGAUCACCAG